CCAAAUCGUCUGUACCGCUCACCUGAUUUGGAAGCCAGCAGUUUAUUGACAGGAAACGUAACCAACUGGCUUAUCGAAUCCCUGUCGAGUCCUGUGUCUAUAAAACCUUGGUGGGUACUGCCUGUGGAUCCUCAUUUUGGUGUGCACCCGCUUUCAGCUCUGCAAGAAGAUGUGCACAGGAAAAUGCGCCAAGUGUAUCGGGGCGUCGCUGUACCCUCUAGCGUUCUGCUGCAUUGUGGCAAACCUCUUCCUUCUCUUCCCCAACUUUGAGGUGGACUAUGUGCAGGACACCACCAAACUGACGCCAGAGGUUUUGUACCUGGGAGGGAUCUUCGGAGGUGGAAUCAUGAUUUUGUUUCCAGCGAUUCACAUCCAUGCAACAGGGAGUAGAGGUUGCUGUGCGAACCGAUGUGGGAUGUUCCUCUCCAUUGCGUUUGCCGCUGUGGGGGCGCUGGGUGCAGGGUACUGUCUGAUUGUCUCCUCACUGGGCCUGGUGAACGGACCGAUGUGUCAGACCGGAAUGGGCAACUGGUCACAGCCUUUCUUCACCGAGCUGGAGGAGUUAGAGUUGACUGAGGAAAGUUAUCUCUUCCAUCCCGACAUGUGGGACUCGGUGUGUAAGAAGCCUAAAGACGUGAUUGUCUUCAACGUGGUCCUCUUUGCCUUACUGAUCGGAUUCAGCGGCAUCGAGCUGGUACUCUGCCUGCUUCAGAUGAUCAACGGCCUCUUCGGGUGCCUCUGUGGGACGUGUGGCAAGAGCAGAGCGGGCCCUGUGUAAAAUGUGAUGAACCAGGGAAGACGCAUAUUGAUUUACCACUGGGUAAAAGUUAUCAAAUUCACUCGUGUCAAACCUCUUGCUGAAGAAUUAGUCCUUGGCUUGCCAUUCUGCAUCUCCUUUGUCAUGAGGAAGUUCCCUUUUCUCCUGUUUGUACAAACUGUUUGAAAGAGCUUGCAUUUUCAAAGCAAUCUUUAAUAAAUCACAGAUCAUGAUGUC